AUGAGUGGCACAGGACUCGGAUGGCCCGCUUUAGUGCCACCAUACCGCAACCGCCUUGAAGAGUGGUUUAGCACGCCUGAAAAAUUGCAUGCCUCAUUCGACACGAGGGAAGAGCUUGUAUCAUUGCUUAGGGCUUGCGAUAACACGCUUCUUGAAAGUAGCCUGCAGUUGAUUGCGGAUGCACUUCUUGAAUGGCAUGCAGACAAUGCUCGCACAGUUGCGAGUGGGCGCAGGGAAUCAAGGAGGCGCUUGACAGAGUGCUUGCCCAGUGUCCCGGGAACUGGCCUUAGCUUGCAUGAGCAUUACAAUCAGAUUGCACUUCAGAGUCCACUUGCGUUGCUUCCGGUUCUUCGCAAGCGGAAGUUAGCUACUGAUAGGGUCGUAGAUCGCGGUGCCAGGGCCACUGAGGAGAUACGGCUUCGGCAGGAGUAUGCAUUGCGUCUUGCAGCCAUCAUGCAGGAGGCGCAACUGCCGGUGUGCAAGGUGCUUGCAGGGGUCAGCAAUGCCGAGGAAGCCUGGCCACGGCUGUUCGGGACCCGUCGAUCCAAGACAUUGAGAAAUCGCUUUAGAGCUUGGGACAAGUUUCGGGAAUGGUUGCUUUAUAGCCGUGGCAGGAGCUAUCCGGAAGGGGUAGCUGAUGUGCUAGAUUAUGCCAAUGAACGAUUCCAGGAAGGAUGUGGAAAGACAGUUCUCGAAAGCCUGCAAGCCUCUCUCAGUGUAAUUGAAGGUGUAGGGCGCGUGCCGUCUACGCAGCAGAUAUCUCAGGAUCCCACAUGGCAGGCGCAGCUCAAAAGUUACACGGCCGAUUUGGUUUCGGCGGCACCGCCGGAGCAGCCAGCCAGCAUGCUCACUGUUGCUAUCGUUCUUGCAUGUGAGAUCUUCGUUUGCACGCCCGGGGAGCCUAGUUACUUGAGAGCAUUGGGCUUUGUCUGCUUAUUGAUGGUAUGGGGAUCGCUUCGGGCUGAUGAUGUUCAGGGGCUCUUGCCGCAGACCAUGCUUCUGGACGAGCGAGGGCUUAGCAUUGAUCUCGCGCGGUCCAAGACUACAGGGCCCGACAAAAGGACCCACACCGUCAAGGUCUUCGUGGAACGGAGUAUCUCUCUGACAGGGCAUGAUUGGCUUAAGGUCGGAUAUGCACUUUGGAAGGAUUUCGAUUUUGAGAGGGAUUAUCUGGUUCUGAAGGCCAAUGAAGGUUUCACGGAACCCCUGGAGAAGUCGGUGCCUUCCUCCACGGUGGCCCUUUACUUCCGCAAAGUUCUCAGUGAGUUGAAAACGCCCAAGCGUGAGGGGCGCACAUGGAAGGCCAAUGAUCAGCGUCCGCUGCUCCCGGGAUACACUUCCAGUCAUUUUACGGGACAUUCUGCGAGGAACUUCCUUAGCUCGGUCGGAGCGGCCAUCGAUGUCGACCCCAGGGAGCUUGAUUAUCUGGGUCGCUGGAAGGUAGGUGGCGAAGGUUCUGCAACCUACAUUCGCACUUCUAGGCAGGUUGUGCAUCGUCUCCAGAGUCACAUUGCUUGUUCCCUUGUCACCGGACAGCCAAAGCACUACAUCGAGGUGGAUUCCAUCAAGGCUUUGACGGAUUAUGCAGCUAAGGCGGGGGAGAGCGAAUCUCAGGUUCGUCGCCGUCACACCCUCCUCGAGGGAUCCAAAGGCUUGGGCGGGUCGUGGCCAACUCUGGCAUUGGAAGUGGGUGUUGCGGCACCACCUUCUCCAGUCGAGCAGGUUUCGAUGCCAGGCAGCCGGGGGGAUUACUUCAUCGUUACCUCUCGCACCACAGGCCUGAGGCGUCUGCACAUGUUGGGCUGCUAUGUCAAGCCUGAGAAUUGUUAUGAUGUGAAAUUUGUCAGUCAUGUCGGCGCGGAGGACGUCGAUAACAUUUGCAAAGAUUGCAAAGCAAGAAUGAAGGCUCAGGCCGGAGAGGAGGAGUCAGACCCCUCCAGCAGUGACAGUGGGAGGAAGUCUCACUCGGCGCAGGCCGUGAGGUGCCGGCGGAUUCCGCAUCCUGUCACAGGCCUCAGGGCGACGGGUGGACACAUCGCAGUGCAGCUAAAGGCCUCAGGGCGGCUAGCAAUCCAAGUCCUACAGGGCCACAGGCGAUUCCAGGCAAUCGCCGAUUCCCGGCCGGAAGCUCGGGCUGCUGGGAAGGCGGACUUUGGUCUUGAUGAUGGGGCUGCUGAUGGGCGACAACAAAUCGCGGGGGUCGUCGCUGCAUGGGAACUUGCACGCGACGUAAUCAGCAAAGAGACGGAAACACGAGCAGAGGCGAAAGUGUUAGGCCAGCCGCGAAUCUUGCAAGUCACAGAGAGGCAAGCAAUGCUCAAGGCGGUAGCGGCCGUUCACGGGCAGCUGGGAGAGUCGGAGACUCCAUCGUCUGAGUACCUCGCUCUCAAGUGCGAGGAGUGCGAAGCCAAUGAGCCUCAGGCUUCAACCUUGGAUGCCAUAACUUCGAAGAAGAACACGCUCACCACGAGCAUCCAGUCCAGCCUUGACGCUUCGGGGCGAAUUCAUAUUACUCAGCACAAAUCCAAGAGCGAGCUCCCGACUACUACAGAAGCUUAUCGCAAGGUCCUUCGCGUGGAAGCUUUCACGUGGCUAUGCAUGGCAUCCCGCUUCAAAUCCAAGCAGUGGCUUCAGGAUCUUAAGCUGUCUGACUUCGACCACUUCGUGAACUACAUCCUUGGCGAAAAGGUCGCUCAGCUCUCAGUGCCUACGUCUCAUCAGCCAGCCGAUGAGACCUACUUCACGACGCCGCUCGCCUUGUCCAUCAUUGAGCGACCACGCAAGUGGCACAAAGGCAAGGGCAAGGGCAAGGAUGGCAAGGAAGGCUUGUGGCAGCACAUCUUUCAAUUGCUUGGCGAAGGGGAUUGGAUCCUCAUUGUGGAGCAGGCUAAUUAUUUUCUUGAUCAGACCGUGACGGCAUGUCAACUUGCAUGGCAGUAUGUUCUGGAGCACCCGGAGGAUCUCGGCGCAACGCCGGAUCACGAGUUACCGGCUUCCAUCUGGCAGCUACCAGCUCUGCGUGAGCUCCAGGUUUCCACUCAGGCCAUCACUUUUGCUUUCUUUCAAUGCAGCUUUGAGGCUCCCACUUCCAAACCCACACGCCUUCUCACUAAUCUACGGGCCUUUGUCGAGCAGCCUCCGCCUUUUGCUUCCUGGCCACGCUUCGACUCCAGUGAUCGCUACGUGGGGCCGUUGCCGCCACGCUGCCCGCACGGGAAACAUGACAAAGUCCUUGCAGGCCGGGAAGGCUCCCGCUGGGCGACCGAGUCAUCAGCAGCCUAUCCUCCUCUGUUGUGUGAGUGGCUUGCGCAUGCUGUGCUUGCUUCCGCUUCGCAGGGGGGACUUGGGUCAGCGCCGCACAGCUCCGUUCCAGGUGAGGCAGGUCCAAUGCAGGAAUCCCACGAGGCGACGCAGGAGGUGCAUCAGGAUUUAUGUGAAGUGCCGCAGGGGCUGCACCAGGUGGUUUCCGAUAGGGUAGAGGCGGUUACUGAUAGGGUAGAGGCGGUUGGCUUGAUCGAGUCGGAAGCACCUCCUUCCACUUUGUUGCCGUCGCCAGACUCUUCGGGGUCCGCGUGCAAAGGCUUCCCGGCUUCCACAGAAGCAUUGGCAUCCUUCGUGCGUAGCAACAUGCCCGGGCACCCCUUUACCACGAUUAGCCUUUACCUUAACACUGGCACCAAGCCCCACAAAGACUCCAGGAACGCACCUUUGCCCAAUGGGAUAAUAGGGGUUACUGACUUCGUAGGAGGAGAGAUCUGGGUCGAGGCCCAGGAUGGGGAGUCUGUUCAGAUUGUUGACGGUAAGCGCUUAAGUGGUCACCUUCUUCCGAUCAGUGAGACACCCACCUACAUACAUGCCUACCGCGAUCUUCACCUCACAAUGCCCUGGAAAGGUAAGAGAUUAGUCAUCAUAGCUUUCAGUGUAUCGGAGCAUACUCAGGCAUGCGAUGAGGAUCUCGCGUUUCUUCGCGGGCAUGGUUUCGUCCUUCCGGGCGAAGAGCACAGUGUUGAUCUUGAGGCGGUCCAGUCAGAUGAUUCGGAGGUGCUGGAGGGGGGUGAG